GACGCGCUGUAAAUGGCCGCCUCCAUGUCGUGAAUGUGAAGACUGACAAAGAUUACAAUUUUAUCUAACUGCUCAACUCAUCGAGAUCAUAAUCGAAUCAUAUACCAUAACGUCCUUUGCUGUACAGACCUGCACAGCUAUUGCUGUCCAGCGGCGGCCUGAUAGUCCAGUUUGGCAUCAGCUGUCACUUACUUCUAAAUGAAGGACGGCAAGGAGAACUCUACCGCCGCUGCUGGAAGUUUUGCCACAAAUCUGGACCACACAAAGCCAUGCUGGUACUGGGACAAGAAGGAUCUGGCCCACACCCCGUCCCAGUCCGAUGGCCUGGAUCCAGCCACAGAAGCCCGGUACAGACGAGAGGGAGCCCGGUUCAUAUUCGACGUCGGGACACGUCUGGGACUACAUUAUGACACUCUGGCAACUGGAAUAACAUACUUUCAUCGGUUUUACAUGUUUCAUUCAUUCAAACAGUUUCCCAGAUAUGUGACUGGGGCUUGUUGUCUUUUCCUGGCUGGCAAAGUGGAAGAAACCCCCAAGAAGUGUAAAGACAUCAUUAAAACGGCUCGGAGUCUGCUUAAUGAUGUGCAGUUUGCACAGUUUGGAGAUGAUCCGAAGGAAGAGGUCAUGGUCCUGGAGAGAAUUUUACUCCAGACAAUCAAGUUUGAUUUACAAGUUGAGCACCCCUACCAGUUUCUGCUGCGCUAUGCUAAACAGCUCAAAGGUGACAAGAACAAAGUUCAGAAGCUUGUGCAGAUGGCGUGGACCUUUGUCAAUGACAGCCUCUGCACAAUGUUGUCCCUUCAGUGGGAGCCAGAGAUCAUAGCAGUGGCAGUCAUGUACCUCGCCGGCCGGCUGUGUAAGUUUGACAUUCAGGAGUGGACGUCUAAGCAGUCGUCUCGCCGCUGGUGGGAGCAGUUUGUACAGGAUGUGCCGGUGGAGCUGCUGGAGGACAUCUGCCACCAGAUUCUGGAUUUGUACUCUCAGGGCAAGCAGCCGAUACCCCAGCAGCCUCAGAUACAGGACAAAGAGAAACCGCCACCCCCUCCUGCUACCCAGCCCAGCCAGUCAGGGGGGCAGAACCCACCUGCUCAACCUCCCUCCAAGAAAAACUCCCCCCAGGCCAGCCCCCCUGCCAAGAUUAAACGCCAACAUGUCUCUCCUAAAGAUGAACCUAAAGCCCCAACAGAGCAAGUUGGGUCUAAGAUACCCCGCCUGGAGAGUCCUAUGCCCCCUCUCCCUGUGUCCCAACCCCCAGAUCGCAAGGCUCCGUCUGUCAUCCCAGCUCCUCCCGCUGAAGCAGAACCGGCUACCUCAGCUGACAUGGAUCCAGCACAGGGCCCGGCUCCUCCUCUGCCCCACGGGGCCCCGCCCCCUCUAAAUCAGGCCCUACACGAUACAUUUGGUGUGUUGCAGAAUCUUGGGGAAAAUAUCCCACAAAUCAUCCUUAGCAGUCCUUUGAUUCAGAUGCGUUUCUGGCAUCUUUGA